UUCCACUCCACCGAUGACCCUAGCAGGAGGAGCCCCUCGCCGCCGGCGAGCUACACGCUCGCGUCUCCCGGCCCCUCUCCUCCUCGCCGCCCUCCUUCUCGUCGUCUCCUCGAAGCCCCCUCGUGCUUCUGCGCUCCGCGUCCCGCUGCGCCAGGUCGCCACCUUCCUCAACCUCUCCAACUCCCUCCUCACCCGCGUCGCCGCCGCUCGCGCGGCCCGUGGCGACGACAUUGCGGCAUCCCGCGCACGCAGGAUCGCCUCUCAUCUCUCCCUCUUUUCCUCCCGCGGCGCGUGGGCCCUCUCCUGGGACUACCUCCGCCACUACGCCUUCUCAUCGGCAGCCGGGUGCGGCCUCUCCUGCGCCACCUCCGCCGCGCGCCUUCUCGCUGCUGCGGCGGAGGUAUCGCGUCUACAUUCCGCCACCGACGCCGCCCAGUGGCUGCGCCGCAACUACGGGGACGUCCGGGACGCGGGCGGGCAGCUCCUCAACGGUCUCCUCGUUGCCUUCUCCGAGCAGGGGCCUUUACGAGAGGUGGUGAUGGAUGUGAAGUGGGAGGUGGAGGAAGGGGAGCUGCUGAAGGAUUGCCUUGAGGUGGGAGCGAAGGACUUGGAAGGGUUGCUUGUCAUUGCCAAAGAUCUGAUAUUUGGGGCUUCAAGGACUUCACGCCAUAACGAACUUUGAGGUCCAAACAAGGAACCUGUGAUAAAUAUCAAACUUUGGAAGGAAACCCUGAAGUGACGUUUCUUUUCAGCCUGGGUCAAGCCAGUAGAGUACCUGUACUCCUAAUCAUCUUUCAAGAAAUCCUCUUCCACCUUGACCUGGUCAGGUAAAGCAGUUGAUCUUAUAUUGAAAAUGAUUAGAUUGUACCUUACCACAAUUAACACUUAAUGUACAUAAAUUUGAAAUCCAAAAAUGCUGAGAUAUUCUGCAUGCCAAACCUUGUGGAUUUUAAACCAGAGUAAAGUGCAUAUCAAAUUGUCUGUAAACAAUAUUUCGAUAUAACCGUGAAGCACAGUCCACUAUAUAAGCACAUGCAGGGUUCACUGGUUUUCAGCUUAAGGAUAACACUACAAUGGGAAAAAAAAUUUGUAGCAACAGACCUCCAAGAUAGCGGUUGGCUAAUGUCGUCUCGAGACAUUUGAUAAUAUGUUAUACUUAUGAUGCGAGUAGCAUAAAAUUUGCCAUUCUGGCCCACAUCCAGUAACUCGGAUGGCCCCGCAUGUUAGGGAGAGAGGGAAUGCAAUCUGUUUGUCUCAACCAUGCUUGCGAAAAUAGAAAAAAAUAAUUCCAAAGAGAACAUGGCCGUGUAGCUUUGCUAAAGCACAUUUUUACAUUUGCUAUAGAGAUGCCAUUAAUUUUCAGCUUCUUCAUUGUUUGCUGAAAUAUCGUUUUGUUAAUUGGUGCUCUCUGUCCUGCUCCUCCUUGAUACUUUAUGUAUAGCUUGAAUGUGGCUAGUUUGGCAUAUUAUUAUUGGUUAAGACUGUUGACCACUCCCAUGUACUUAAAUGCUGCCUUUUGAGCAGUUCUAGCAUGCUUCAGUUCUCCUACUAUCCUACAUUGUGUCACUUUCCCAGUAAGCUGUGCAAAAUUAAUGAGCUAGGACUUAUUUUUGCUUGUAUUUAGGGCCGAUUUGCCUUGAGAUUCCUCUUCCAUCUGUUCCUAAUAGCUUGGUGAUCAGUAUAUUAACUCUGCAGGUCGUGCAAUCUAAAUUACCUGUUUACAUUUUGUC